AUGCAGGGCGAAGGGGACGACGCUGUUUCUUCUUCCUACCCAACCAUAUUUUGUGCGCAUUUCGGUUACCCUUUUUUCCUCUACGGUGAUCACCCUCGUUGUCGCACAGUCGAAGCACGCUUGAGGAAAUUGGAAACGAGCGAAGGCAGAGAAGGACCCAUUACAGAAUGGAAGUCCGAAGCUGCCAAACUUGCUCCGUCUUCACCCGAAGCCGCUGAAGGAGAUGAAAUAGGCAGGGGUAUAUGCUCCUUCCAUGAGCAACAUGUUACCUCCGAUUUUGAGAGAUCUUGGAGACAGUCCACCCAUUUAUGGGUGAAAAAGGAUGGUUUGGGUGAUAUCUCCCCUUGGCAAGUGUACAGAGCAAAGGAGAAAGCACUUGAAAAAAUUCGAGGUAGUGUGAUUGAGCAUUACAGAGUACUAUGGGAUUAUUGCGAGGAGUUGAAGAGAACAAACGUUGGAACAACUGCUUUAGUUGAGGGAUAUGCCGGUGAAUUCAGACGACUGUACAUUUGCCUUGGAGCAUUGAGGGACGGUUUCAUUAGGGGCUGUAGAAGGUUGAUUGGGUUAGAUGGUUGCUUUUUGAAGACAGAGCAUGGUGGGCAGUUAUUAUCUGCAGUUGGUGUGGAUGCUAAUAAUGGUAUGUACCCAGUGGCGUAUGCAGUUGUUGAGGUUGAGAACGGGGAUAACUGGAGAUGGUUUUUGGGGUUGUUAAAGGACGAUUUACAUAUAAACAGUAGUCAGCAUUGGACAUUUAUUUCUGAUAAGCAGAAGGGGUUGGUUAAUGCAAUUGAGUCUUUGUUCGAGAAUUCGGAGCAUAGAACAUGUGUUAGGCAUUUAUACAAUAAUUUUAGUGCCUCACACAAGGGAUUGGCUUUGAAGAAUUGUCUGUGGGAUGCAGCCAGAGCAACUACUGUAUUGCAGUGGGUUCACCACAUGCAGCGGAUGUUAGACAUAGACCAGGGUGCGUAUGAAUGGCUUGAAUCAAAACCAGCAUCUCAUUGGAGUAAAUCCCAUUUCAGAGAGGGAAACAAAUGUGACAUGCUUCUCAACAAUUUAUGUGAAUCAUUUAAUAGUACAAUUGUCAAUGCAAGAGAGAAGCCCAUUUUGACCAUGCUAGAGGAGAUUCGGAUUUAUUUGAUGAAGAGAAUUGUUGUCCGUAGAGAGUCUUCUGACCGGUGGACAGCAGUAGUUGGCCCUAGAAUUCAGAAAAUUUUGGACAGGAACAGUAGGCUUGCAAGGGUGGAGUGGGCUGAAUAUGCAGGCAACGAAAGGUUUCAAGUCCGACACAAUGUAGGCACUGUACUUAAUGCUGUGGACUUAAGGGCAAGAACGUGCACAUGUCGUGCUUGGCAAUUGUCAGGACUUCCUUGUUGUCAUGCGAUUUCCUCUAUUGUAUCACGAGGCCUUAAUGUAAUGGAGUUUGUAGAUGACAUAUACAAGAAGGAGGCAUACCUCGCAACUUAUACUCCAUCUAUUUCCCCCAUCACAGGUCCGGACUCAUGGCCUAACCUAGGUCUCAAGCCCCUCGAUCCACCAUUAUACACAAAAAGAGCUGGAAGGCCAAGAAAAAGCAGAAGAAAAGAGCCGAAUGAAGCUUCUUCAAGUCAGGCUAAGAGGUUUAGAAAGUCUUCACGCAAUGUAAAUACUUCGGAGACAACUACAACAGCCACGUCAAGUCCAAGGAAGAGAGCGGGGUUGAUAAUGACGUGCAGGAAAUGUGGUGAACGAGGACACAAUAGUAGGGGCUGCAGAAGGGCACCACCACCAGCACCAAAUUAG